UCACUGUUGCUGUCGUAGAUUCUCACAAUGGAUGUCUUUCAGACUCUCGCAGGUGGCGGUGUUCACUUCGAUCGAAAGAGAUUCCAGUCUGAAAUGGCAUUGUUCAAUGGAAAGGCGGGAAACAACGAAGCCUCUUCAUCUUCCAAGCAGGUGGGAGCAGGAAAAGCAUUGCCAAAAGAACUUGAUUUCUUCGGUGACUCAAACAGCCAGAAAGCUAAAGAGCCGGCGAGCACAGACGAUUCAUCGACACGUAAUGGCAAGCAAAGAGCGAGCGACUCAGACAUUGCCACUGCUGAGCCUCUGAACAAGACAACCCUACAAUCGUUUUUGAAACAAAAUAAGAUCAAACAGACAGGUACAGAUGCGCCUAUGCCACUCACUUCAUGGGAAGAGCUAGGUUCAAGAUGGAAUAUGGACAAGCGCUUACUGAAUAAUUUGGCCAACGUAGGAUGGGGAAAGCCAACGGCAGUGCAAAUGGGAGCAAUGCCAUGUUUGCUGGACAACCGUGAUACCCUUGUUGGUGCUCCGACUGGAUCGGGUAAAACUCUGACGUACCUAUUGCCCAUUUUACAUCAUCUCAAAUCUCCCAAGAAAGGAGGCUUCAGAGCAGUGAUUGUGAGCCCUACGAGAGAAUUGGCACAACAGAUAUACCAACAACUUGAUCGAUUAGGAGCAGGAAAGAAAUGGAAAUUUUGCGUUUUAACAAAAUCAACAGAAGGUGCCAUGCGACAAGAUCCUCAAUUUAGGAAAAAGUACGAUAUUUUGAUCACUACUCCGAUGAGACUGGUUCAUGCAAUCGAACAAGAAGAGGUGGACUUGACAAAUGUUCGACAUCUCGUUUUGGAUGAAGCGGAUCGAUUGCUAGAAGAAGGCUUCUUAACGCAAACUGACUCGAUUCUUGCAGCCUGCACACAUUCAUCGUUACGCAAAGCUCUCUUCAGUGCUACGAUGCCUGCAGCGAUAGAAGAACUGGCAAAAACGUUCAUGUAUGAUGAAGUUCGAAUUUUGGUCGGUGUAAAGGAUGGUGCUGUGGAAAGUAUUGACCAAGAAUUGAUGUUUGUCAGCAAUGAAGAUGGAAAACUACUCGGUUUACGUAACUUGCUCAAGCAGGGAGCCUUAAAGCCGCCUGUUUUGCUAUUCGUCCAAAGUAUUCAACGUGCACAAGAACUGUUCAAGGAACUGAUUUAUGAAGAUUUACACGUUGAUGUGAUUCAUAGCGAUCGACCAAAAGCACAACGAGAAGGAGUGAUUGAAGCUUUUAAACGUGGUGAUGUUUGGGUUUUGAUCUGUACAGAAGUGCUGGCUCGUGGUAUUGAUUUCAAGGGUGUUGAAGUGGUUGUCAAUUACGAUUUUCCUCAAUCUCGUGAAAGUUAUAUUCAUCGAAUCGGUAGAACUGGUCGUGCGGGAAGAAAAGGAAAAGCAAUCACCUUUUUCACAAGGGAAGAUAGUACUUACCUAAAAAGUGUGGUAAACGUUAUGCGUCAAUCAGGAUGCGAUGUGCCAAAAUGGAUGUUGGAGUUGAAAUCACCAAACCAGAAACAAAAGAAAUCACUCAAACGCAAAGCACCCGAACGUAAAGAUAUUCUUACUGUUGCUGGUUCAUCUCAAGGUCGUAAAGAAGCAAACCGUCGUCGAGAUAUGAUCCAAGCCAGCAAAAGGAGAAAAGAAGAAGGCAAGGAGAAAUCAGAGAAGUGAUGUGGAAGCAUGUUGUACAUUAUU